UGUGGUUCAUGUCCAACAGCCAUUUUUGUAAAAUACAAACAACACGACCGAGCGAGACAGUAAAAAAAAACUCAUUGCGACCGUUGCAGAUACAGGGGAAAAUAUAUAAAGAAUUCAGCAUCGAACUCACGCAAGGCGAGUGUUGAAAACCGAGACAUACCAGUAGUGCAAACCAUCGGUUCCUGCGAAGCACGUACGUGCAAAAAAGAGUGAGUUCUUUAGAGAAGAUCCAACUCUGGAGAAAACAGUGGAUGGCUAGUUUAGCCUAGCUGGCCAGCAGGCUCGCAGAAGAGGUGUUGGGAGUUGGGAGUUGAAUGCUUGGCUAUGAAACAAUAAUUCACAAAAAUUUUGAAUAUAAGUAAAAGAGAUCAAGAAUUGAUAGAAGUUACCCAGCAAUAGUUACGGCAUUACAAACUGCCCUGAAAGUAUUUUUACAAACAGCAGUUUGCUGUUAUUUAUGCUGCCACAAAUUCUUAAUCAUAGUGUGUUUUUUCUCUAUCUUUCUAAAGUGUUUUCAAAUUGCUGAAUCUUUUUUUUUUAAAGAUCUGAAGUUACUGGCACAUUAGGGUGGCGUGCCAUCUUUUGGAGCUCUUAUAUCUGGCUAGAUAUCCAUCAGCCAUUAUCUCUCUAAAACUGGCAGCUAUUAUAAUAUUCAUACAGAGUUUAGAAUUACCAAGUCCACCUCAGCACACAGAACCCCCAUACUGGUCCUGACAGAACCACCUCAUUCCUGUCCCUCGUUCAUACUGGUCCUUUACAGUCCUGUUCUGUGGACAAGAAACCCUGAGCCCUCUGGACAUAUAGAAUAUGACUGCUGAGACACUUAACUUCGGUCCAGAAUGGCUCCGUGCACUAUCCAGAGGGGGGAGUGUGACAUCCCCUCCCCCUUCCCCUGCAAUGCCAAAGUCCAAGUUGGCCGACUACCGCUAUGGCCGCGAGGAGAUGUUAGCACUUUAUGUCAAAGAUAACAAGAUCCCCGAGGACAUGCAGGAUAAGGAGCUCGCUGCUAUCCUGCAGGAAGAGCCUCAGCAGCCGUUGGCCUUGGUGCCCCUGACUGAGGAGGAGCAGAGAAACUUCUCCAUGUCUGUGAACAGUGUGGCUGUGCUAAGGCUUAUGGGUAAAGGAGGUGGAGCUGUACCAACAGUUGUAGCUAGAGGGCGUGGAAGCACUCGAGGUGGUCGAGGGAGAGGCAGAGGAGAGGGCGGAUUCUACCAAAGAAGUGUGGAUGAAGAGGUCAGUUUUGGCCGAGGACGAGAGAUGCACCGCAGUCAAAGUUGGGAUGACAGAAGUGAGCGGCGCUUUGAAAAGCCCUUGAGGCGUGAUGGUGGGCGUGGUGGUUUUGAGGAGGGAGGAGCAGGAGGAAGGAAGGACUACGUGCGCUCAGACAGCGAUAACUGGCGUACGCUCAGAGAGGAGCAGGAGGACGAUGAUGGGGCAGAACCUGGGGGAAGCUGGAGAAUUGCUGGAGGCCGUCGUGAUGAUGGGGGUCCUCGUUCAGCAGGUUGGCGGGAGCACUGUAGUGGGGAUGGUCGUCGUAGGAAGUUUGACUUUGACUUCCGAGAUGGAGAAGGUGGACGUAGAAGGGCUGGAAGUGAGGGAGGAGAGGAAGAGCGAGAUGGCCUGCCUGAAUGGUGCACCGAUGAAGAAGAAGGGGAGAUGGGAACCUUUGAUUCUUCUGGAGCCUUCAUGUGCAUUAAGAAAAGCUCCAGAGAUGCAAUCCCUGAAGACCAGGAACUGGAAUUUGAAGCUCUGGAGGAGGAAGAGGAGGGUGGUCAAGAGAAGGACAGCCCUGCUGAAAAAUCGGACACGUGUGAAGCAAUAGCUGUGUGUGAUGGAGACAGAAAGUCAUCAUCUCCUCAUGCUGUGUCUCCUCCUGCCCCUGUGCACCCUGUUGCAGAGGAAAAGACUCCCAAACCCAUAGUCACUCCUCCUUCAAAACCUGCACCCCAACCAUCUAAAGAUGCAGCUCCAGCAGGUGGCACCACAACGCAGAUGCAGAGCUCCUCUCCUCCCUCAACCACUGGUACUCACCUUCCAACAGUAGGGGGAGACACCGAGGAGGAAGAUGGCAUGAAGCACCUUCAGCAGGAGGCUGAGAAGAUGGUGGCGUCCCUGCAAGACACAUCUCUUGAAGAGGAGUGUUUCACUCAAGCUCUUCAGGAGAGCCACAUCACUGCGGCACACACGCACACACACCCGAAUACGCGUGCGCACUCUCACUCCACCGCACACACUCUCCCGAACUCCGCCAGUGCUCUGCCCCUGUCCCAUGAAUCCGCAAUGAAGUGGUUCUACAAAGACCCUCAAGGGGAGAUUCAAGGUCCUUUCACUACAGUGGAGAUGUGUGAGUGGUUUCAGGCGGGGUAUUUCUCCAUGAACCUGCUGGUCAAACGUGGUUGUGAUGAGGGAUUUCAGCCCCUGGGUGAAGUCAUCAAGAUGUGGGGGCGUGUGCCUUUCUCUCCCGGCCCAUCCCCUCCUCCACUGCUGGGGAACAUGGACCAGGAGGUAUUGAAGAAACAAUUAGAACAAGCUGCCACUGCAGCCCUGUACAAACAACUUCAGAUGAGAUUUCAGCACAUGAACAGGUGUGGGGAGACUGGGAUGAUGCCUGCGAUGAACAGGUCCAUGUCAGUGCCAGACACCGGGCCCAUGUGGGACAUGCCUACCUCAGUCUCUCAGCAGUCAGGCGGUGAUACCAGUCUGUGGGACUUAACCAUGAGUAGCUCCACUCAGGGUCCAACUCUUGAACAUUUGCAGAAAAUCCAGCAGGAGAGGCGUGAAGCUGAACUCAGGAAGCGUGAUGAAGAGGAGAGGAAACGGAGGGAGGAAAAGCGCCGGCAGCAGGAGGAACAGAAGAGGAGAGAGGAGGAGGAGCUUUACAGACGAAAACAACAGUGCCGUCAGCAGCAGGAACUGAUCAUGAAGUUUCUGCAGCAGAGCCAGCAGCAGCAGAGCGUGCCAGGGGGCGCAGGGUGGAGCGGAAGCCAGGCAGGAGCUCUGUCUCUGGGCAAAGCUACCGGAAAGAGCAUGGGACUCCUGGAGCUGGAGGCAGAGAGACUUCAUAAACAGCAGCAGCAGAGAGCUCAGCAGCAGCAAAGGCAUGGAGGUUUGACAAUGGGCCAGUGGAGUGAUGGGCCAUCUGGAAUGUGGUCAGGAGCUGGCAUGGAAGGGAAGGUCGGAGGUGGCAACCCUGCUAUGGGUAUGUGGGAUGAGGCCAUGAAAAACCAGGCCAGCCAUCGCAACAUUGGCCUCAAGAACAGCCGCAGCAGUCCCUCUCUCAGUGAUCAGUACAUGCUGAAUCGGCGUAAGCGUACUGACGAUGAGGAGAGGCUUCUGAAGCUUCUUCAGGGGAUGAAACCUCAGGACGGUUUCACCACUUGGUGUGAACAGAUGCUCCACGCUCUCAACACCUCUGCAAAUAACUCCUCCUCAGUGGACGUGCCCACCAUUGUGGCAUAUCUGAAGGAGGUGGAGUCUCCAUAUGAAGUUCAUGAUUUUAUCCGUAUUUAUCUGGGCGAUACCAUUGAAGCCAAAGAGUUUGCCAAGCAGUUCCUGGAGCGCCGUGCCAAACAGAAAGCGAACCACCAGAGACAACAGCAGCAGCUGUCCAAGGAAGUCUCUGGAUUAAACAUGAACUUCCCCCUGCAGUCAAUGUUCCAGGCAGCUCACAUGAGUAAGGGCGGCAGUGUGUACGACACUCAGGGAGGAAAAACGAAUAAAAAGCCUAGCAUGAUGCUCCAGUCUGACCCCAGUAUCCUCGGCUACUCAUUCCUGGGGGGAGGUGAGCUGGAGCAGGUGGAGGAUUACUGACCCAGCCCGUCUACUUGAGUUUACCUGAGGCCUUAAACCUGGAGCAAAUCAGCAGAGGAAUGUGCACUGCUCAGUGAGGGAAGGGGCGGGCAAUAUUUGUCCACACCCCCUCUCUCUUUCUCCCUCUUUCUCUCACUCUGCACUGUGAGAGGAGCAGAAGGAGGUUAUUGGGAGGUUCGGUGUGAAGAGGAGAUCCUCUUCUGCCUCCCUUCAGUGAAGCACCUUACCUAAACCAUUGCACUUUAAUGUUUUCAUAUUUGAAAUGGAGUUGUCUUUCUUUCUUUUUUUUUACAAUGCAAAAAUGUGUGAAUAUAUUGUUGCAUAUAUUAUGUGUAGAAUAUUUGUAUGAAUAUACAUAUGAGAGGUAGGAACGGAGCAGUUUCCGCCGUAUCAAACGUGGAGGUUUGGAAAUGUUGUUGGGGAGAUAUAAGUUGAGCAUCUCUCCUAAAAGACAAACACUGUUGUAUUUUUAUGUUCAUGGUAAAGCUAUCAAAAUAUGAAUUUGAAAACUUGAAGAUUUGCACUUGUUUAACAAAAAAAAAAAAAAAAAAAAAAAAAGUUAGGAUAGGUUGAGGUUUUUUGUGAGUGCGUGUGCAAGCGUAAGAGAUGAAGUCUGCACAAAUUUUAUUGCUUACCGACGUGUAUAAAACAAAUGCCAUGCUUUUAUUUUGUUCAACACAAUUUUCUACUUCAUUGAGCGUGUGCGUGAAUGGACAGAAGUAGUUUGUGUUGGCGCUUUUUUGUACAUAGGCUCUUAAAGAGGCCGAUAAGAGAGUCAAGCAUUGUUUUUACCCUCCAGUGUUUAAAAGCAUGAAUUGAGGUGCUGUUUGGCCCGUUUGGCUCUGUUCUAAGAGGGCAAUCAGGCUUUGUGUUUGGUGUGUAAAUGUAGCUCCUCUGUUGUCUGUACACAAACUACUUACAUUACAACUCUUCCCCUUUCACUCAUUCUCAGUCCACGAUGUGAAAUGUUGCCUUCUGUCCAGAAAGUAAGUGUGUGUGUGUGUGUGUGUAUUCUCUUGGCUGGUGUUUUGAGAUAGUCACAAGGGCACUGAGAUUCUGUAUGUCAGUUGUUACUUUCUUUUUUGUUGCUGUUGAAAAAGGAUGAAUGAUUUUUUUUUUAUUCUAUACAA